UCUUCAAUACUACAAGCAAAUAUUUUUUUUAUAUAUAUAUAAAAUGUUUCUAAUUAAGGUAUCGUUUAUUAUUAAAAAUGAAUAUUUCUAAAAGUACAGAUGCAGAAUAUAUUUCUUUUAUUAUUUAAACGGUAUAAAAAAAACUUAGGCGGGUAUAUUAUUGUGUGUGUUAUAUAUGAAAAUAAAGACUUACUUGUAGAUAAUACAUUUCUGAAAAAUUGGCGGGAAUUAUAAAAUGUUGGUGGGGAAAUAGUUUUGUUUUGGAAGUGUCAUGUUUGAUGUAUUUGAUUGUUAAAACAUGGCGAGUGAUGUUGAGAUUAUAGAGUUUCAGAUUCCAACAUGUAACAGGAAAAAUCUUUUUGUAACAAACAUCCCCGUCAGUCAGAGUGAAGCUGAAAUUUAUCACCAGCUAGACAACUGUUUCUCUAAAUAUGGUUUGCUACACGAAAUUCAAAUAUUUCGCCAUGGAGGGCCCGCCUCGCACGAACAGCCAAGUAACGCCAUGUAUGCCUUCGUGAAAUUCUACUCCAGUAUGGCCGCACGGAAGGCAAAAGAGCAACUGAAUGACCAGUUAACGAUUGCUGGAAACCUUUGCAAGAUAGCGUUUGCAAAAAGACGAAAUCUCCAGACGUUAUCCCGACCAUUACAUCUUUCCAAGUGUGUCGAGUUGGCGAACUUUUACCUGGGUUUCAAUGGUUGGUCAAGUAAAGUGACGAAGCUUGAAGAAGAUAAGGACGUGUUACCAGUGGACGGAGUCUCCAAAGUUCGUUACUUCUGUGUGGUUAGCCUGUGUGUGGCUCACCACAACUUGUCCUGUGACGGGCUGGGAGCCUGGGAGGAGACGUACAACAAAGCUGAUCCGAUGAGUAGAGUCGGAGUAACGGCUAAAAGUAAGAAGCUGUCACAGCAGCGCGCCCUGGAGAACGCCUUCUCGAAACUCCUCAUCAUCGUCCUGGGCAACGGGAAAGUCUCGGUGGAAGUCAACACGACUCUCACGGAACAGAUCCUCAGGACAAACCACGUUGAUGAUAGCGAACUCUUAAAGGUUAAUGAAGUGGACCACAAACUAGCUCCUGACAGUGAAAACGAAGACUUUGACCAAUCAGAUCUUGAUGGCGCCAAUUUACAAAUAUUACAAGAGCUGGAAGAUACCUAGUGUCUACCAGGAUGACCAAUCAUAUACUGACGUUGAUGGCGCCAAUUUACAAAUAUUACAAGAGCUGGAAGAUACCUAGUGU